CAAUUCGAGCUGGGCCCUUGAAACUUCUCCCCUCUCAAUAUCUCUUUUUCUUCUUCUUCUUCACCUAGGGUUCCGAAAAACAGCGCCGCCGCGAGUGCCGCCAGAGCUACCGGAAUAGCUGAACCUCUCUGCGGAAGUUGUGAGCUUUAUCUUAAGAAAAAUGCCACUGGGGCUCAUAUUGGGGCUAGGCAGGGCCAUGAGGAGGAAGAGGACUUCAUCCCUGAGCAUAUUAUCUUCUAAAAGAGGUCCAAGAGAUUAUUAUAAGGGAAAGAAUUGCAAGUCUACUGGUUUUCAUACACGGAAAGGUGGGUAUGUCAUAGUGGAUGAAAAGUUGCCGCGGUAUAUCGUCCCAGAUUUGACCGAUUUUAAGCUAAAGCCUUAUGUUUCCCAAUGUGCGAGAGACGCAACUACCUCAACCACGGAUACUGCUAAUGCUUCCAAGUAAGGGUAUGAGGCUGGGUGAACUUCUACCUUUCAAAGGGUUAUUACCAAUAGUAAUAAGCUGUUGCUUCUGAAGAGUUGCAAUGUCAGAUCAAUGAACUUAGAUUUGUACCUGAUGGCCUCUCCUGUGAUCUUGGUUGAAGUUGAACAUUUGUCAAUGUGGUUGUUUUUCUUCUUUUAGUUUUACCUGUUCUGAUUUUAUUAUAUGGUUGGAGGUUUUAGUUGCGUUGAGUAUGUAUUCAGAUUAAGUGGGUGUUGGCUUAUUCUUUCUCCCAUGUGUCUGGCCUUAUUCGAACAUGAAUGUAUUAGCUUAUUCCAUAAUUGAGUUUUUAGCUUUAAUUCUUGGAUUAA